AUGACAGUAGAACGUCAGUUGGACCCGAUCAAAGGGAAGCCAUUCCCGGUAGAUCACAUCAAUAGCCUCGGAAGUCCUGCUGCGGCGCCAGCGGGCAUGCUCGUAGACUUGGUCUUUCGUGGCCUUUCAGAAGCGGUACGCCCCGAAAUUUCCUCCUCUCGAAACAUGAGACCGGCCUCCACGACGGUAACAAUGGAGCGACAAGAAUUUCUUUUCAAUGGAACCACCGAGACCGCCAUCAAAUGGCGUAAGAAGUUUGUCCCCAGCAUCACGUUGGCGGUGAAGGGAGGGGUACAGGUAAGCGACACGGAAGUACUUCGAUGUCCAACGCGUACCCAAUGUAGAGCAGAAGACCGGGCCGUGAAGAGACGUACGAAGGGAUUUGGUGUGAUGGUACCAAAGCCCAAUACACAAGCCAGAGAGAGUCCGAUAGGCGACGAGGACAUUGGCUCGCCGGCUCCGGUCCGAUUUGGUCUCUGGCGCCAGACGGAGCCUGAGGAGGCCACACCCGGUGGGGAGUUCCUCCUUAUCACCGUCCUCUGGUUCCAAGCAUUCAACAUCGUCCCAAUUGAGAUCAAAGCAUUCAGAGGACCGGAGUCACCCCAGCCAGAGGGAGAGGUUGGCAAGGCCGGCUAA